AUGGCGUCCGACAAAUCGGAAGUGCUCGAUACUUCGACGUCUUCGGAUAAUGAAGCGUUACCUGUAGUUAGGGAAAAGCAUCCUGUAAAAUGGUACCGCUCCACCCUCUACAACUCCAUCAUCCUCGGCCUAUGCAAUUUCCUAGCCCCAGGUAUCUGGACCGCAAUGAACAGUCUCGGCGCCGGCGGUGAAGAAACCCCCUACCUAGUCAACGCCGCCAACGCCCUCACCUUCUGCCUCAUGGUGCUCUCCUGUUUCUUCUCCUCCAUCCUCGUUAAAUACAUCGGCAUCAAACCCGCGCUCGUCUUCGGCACACUAGGCUAUGCCCCCUAUGCAGCAGGUCUCUACUGCAAUAAUCGAUAUGGCAACGAAUGGCUAGUGCUGCUAGGCGCAGCUCUCUGCGGUCUUUCCGCAGGCGUUUUCUGGAUGGCGGAAGCGGCCAUUGCGUUGAGUUACCCGGAACCCGAAAAUCAGGGCAGGUUUCUGGGGUUGUGGUUGAGUUUUCGUGUGGGGGGUCAAUUUCUGGGUGGGAUUAUUAAUUUGGCGCUAAAUGUGGAUAAUUCGGGGAAAGGUAAGGUUUCUUAUAAUGUGUAUUUGGUCUUCAUCGCAUUACAAGCCCUGGGACCCUUUGCAGCGCUAUUUCUCACGCCACCGGAGAAAGUCCAGCGAACGGAUGGCGUGAUUCCUAAUCUUCGCAUCUCAGAAUCGAGCUGGACCGAAAUCAAAUUGACGACGAAAUUGUUUGCCAGUAAAUACUUCUUGUUACUGGUGCCGGUUAUUGCCCAGGGAGUCUAUAGUGAGGCGGUUAUGUUCACGUAUGAAUCCGUGUGGCUAAGUGUGAGGGGAAGAGCACUCGGUUCGUUUCUUUCGGGUAUCGUGGCGAUGGUUUCGGGGAAUUUGUUGGGUGCGUUUUUGGAUCGCGAGAAGUGGUCGUUGAAGAGGAGGGCUAGGUGGGCUUUUAUUGGCAUUUUGGCUUUGCAGGGUGUUUGGUGGAUUUGGGGAACCGUCCUCGUGACAAACUACUGGGGUCAAAAUCCCCUACCGAUGUAUGAUUGGAAGGAUGGCGGCGCAUUCGUGAGGACGUUCUUGUUGUUCCUAGGAUGGGUCUCGGGAUUUCAAAUCAACUAUCUAUUCCUCUACUUCAUCGUAGGCAACCUCGCCAAAACCCCCGAAGAAGUCAUUCGAAUCGCAGCACUACUCCGCGGAACCGAAUCGGCUGUUCAGGCUGUUAGUUACGGAUUAAAUAGCAUCACAGUUAUGGGUGAUAUCGGUGGCGUGUAUAUUAAUUUUGGUCUUUGGGGUUUAGCGUUGAUACCCGGGUGGUUGGUGGUUAGGGAGAUUGGGGUUAGUUUGGGGGAUAAUAAGAUUGUGAGGGAGGGGGAAGUAGUGAGAGUGGAGAGAGCGUGA